CUAAUCUCCAUCAGCUGCCACAGCCGGUUGGAGAUGGCCUCCUCUCAGUGGACUCUCUUCCUGGCCUCCCAUCAGCAGCUCCUUCAGUGGAUGCAGUCUGUGGAGCAGGAGCUGGGGGGGGCGCUCCCUCCUCAGGUGGGUCUGAAGGAGAAGGCCUCUCUGCUGGAGCGUCUGAGGGGGGUGCAGAGUGACGUGGAGGCUAAAGCCCCCCCCCUCUCCCGCCUGAUGGAGCAGGCCCUGGAGCUGCACGAGAAGACGGGAGAUCAGACGUUUGGACCCGAGGCUCGAGGAGAACUGAGCGCCAAGUACAGCGACAUCUCUGCCAGCGUGAAGCGGUGUGUUGAUGCAUGGAGGCUGCAAGGAUGCUUCGAGUGCUGCAUCAAGUGCCUGGGGGGGGUGCCCUACGCCUCUCUGGUGGCCACCAUCCUGUGCUUCAUAGGCGUGGCUCUGUUCUGCGGGUGCGGCCACGUGGCACUGAGCGGCACCCUGACCAUGCUGGACAACCACUUCUCCACGGUGACCACGGACCACGCCACCCUCACCAUGGUAAUCCAGAUCUUUCAGUACAUCAUCUACGGCAUCGCCUCCUUCUUCUUCGUGUACGCCAUCCUCCUGCUGGCUGAGGGCUUUUACACCACCAGCGCCAUCAAGAAGGAGCUGCAGAGCGACUUCAAGACCACCGCGUGUGGGCGCUGCAUCACCGCCUUCUUCAUGUUCCUGACCUACAUCAUGUUCCUGGCCUUCCUCGCCAUUUUCGGCUUCACGGCUAUUCCCGUUUUCCUCUUCUUCAACAUGUGGACUACCUGCUCUGCCAUGAGGUCUCCUGACGCCAACAUCACCUCGCCUGACUCCAUCUGUGUGGACGUCAGGCAGUACGGUGAGCUGCCCCACAUACACUCAUUUAUCUUCUCUGUGUGCCACUAGU